GAUAAAGCAUAAUAAUAGUUUAUUUUUUAGGGAGUGUUUGGUAUAUUGGUACAAAGGGAGUCAUGUGAGUACUGAUCAGUAGCAAACAAGCCUUUGAUUAUUGAUUUGAGAGCUCACCUUCUCCAUAUAAGCUUCAGAGGUUGCAGAAGGAUUCAUAUUCAAAGAAGCAACUGCACAACAUGGUCUCAAGAAAGCACAAGAAAGAUCAUGUACUGCAUGAGAAGCUGCAACUCCUUCGAUCUAUCACUAACUCUCAUGCAACGAACGAUUCGUCGAUCAUCCUAGACGCGUCCAAGUAUAUCCAAGAGCUCAAACAAAAAGUAGAAAUACUAAAUCAUGAGAUAGCAAGUGGACAAAGUUCAAGCUACCAGAAUUCAUGGCCAGUGGUAACAGUUGAAGCUGUAGAAAAGGGUAUACAAGUAAUUUUGUACUCAGAAAGGAGCUGCCCAGGUCUACUAGUUUUUGUAUUGAAUGUUUUUGAGGAACUAAGUCUUAAUGUGUUGGAAGCUAGGGUUUCUUGUACAGGCAGCUUUCAUCUAGAAGCACUUGGAGUUCAGAAUGAACAAACCGGAGAAAGCAUAGACGCCCAUAUUGUGAAACAAACAAUCUUACAUGCGAUCGAAAACUGGAGCGAAAACAAUGAUCAUCAAGACUGAUCAAUUGAUCAUGCGCAUCCGGUUUGCUCUAGUUUCUUGAAUCUUGUUAAUGUUUCUAGCUUGCAAGAACCGCAACUAGAAGACCCAAUUGGUAUUCAAGAUAUAUAUAAAUCUUAGACCAAAAACCCUAUAAUUAAGUUUGCACUAACGCCCAAGUGUUAAUGUGCUAUGUAUGCUUGAAUUCAUGUACGUUCAUAAACAAGUGUACCCUUUUGGAUUUAGAUAUGCAAGCUAAGUAAGAUAAGUGCUCGUUAUAUAUA